AUGCAAAUCAAAACCACCGCUCUUGACAGCAAAACCGGCUUUGCCGGGAUUUUUGCGGUGACUCAGACUCAUGACGGGUCCUCGGAAAGUCUCGCUGGCGAUGUCGAGAAACUACGGAUCGGCAUUCUAUCUGAUGAGGAGCCAGACGCUACGUACCGAGCCUCUUCUCGACAAUCCGUCUUACAUACGGGCGGUUUUUUGGACAUCGACGGAAUGCACGCAGGAAAGGACGGCGAGCAGUUCGUCAUCAAUCGACCUGGUGGGAUGCAUAGUGGGAUGCGUAUUCGAAACAUGACAGUGGGAGAUGGCGGCAUGCAAGUCAUUUGCUGCUCGAAUGACGAGAGGGACAUACAGGAGAUCCUGCAACGCGUGAAGGCGUGUCAAGCGCCUCCGACGCCUGUACAGCAUUUGCAGACAGCUGAGCUUGCCACUGUUCUUUCACAAUUCCAGCGCGAAGCGCAAAACGGCACAUCCGGGCCCAUGUUUGGCGGUCUUUUUUACGAUGAGUCCAUCGCCAAAGAAGAACGUGGCUGGCGAUGUCUCUUCUACGAGAAUUCUAGUAUCGACUUUGGCACUACCUUGCGCGAUGCCGGGCUGGAUCCGGAGACGUGGACCUGUGCUGAGAUGUUCGCUUCUGUACUCUGGCACUGCACCGAACGCAUAGGACAGAAAGCUCUGUGUCCUAACUGGCUGUGGGGACGACGGCAAGAUAUCUUUGGCAGCCAGCCUGGGCAACCCAAGGCAAACGUGGAGACGAUGCGAUCGCUGAUCGGCUUGGCUCCGAUGUGCGUGGUUCAAGACGGUGGCUGGGCCAAGAGCCGCCUGGUUCAAAUCUGGGAAAUGGCUCGGAAUGGGCAGGAUGGGGAGCGGGAGAUUGAGGAACAAGACCUGAUCACGAUGAAGGCAGUUAAGGAUGAGCUCUGCCAGUGGUCAACAGCUCAUAGCAUGUAA